UUUUUCCCUUCUUUAACGCUCUUUGUAUAUUCAAUAUAUAUAAUUUUUUUUUAAAACGUUUAGGAGAAAAUUUCCUUCUUUCAAGAAAAGAUUUGUUAUUAAAGGGGGAAAAAAAGUUCGAAUUAUACGGAGACUUUUUUUUUCACUAUGGCCCAACAAAGAGAUGGUUUUCAGAACUUUAUGUCAAAUUCAGCUUAUUCAAUGAAUAGCCCGAAUCAACCACAACAACAACCGUUGCCACCUCAACAGCAGCAACAACCGUCAACGAACCCAAAUAUGAUAAAUUUACAACAACCUACCCAAGGUUACAACGCUAACGUGGACCCAAACUUCUUUUAUCAGCAACAGCAGUUUCUUCAGCAGCAGCGUUCUCCUCAACAGGCUACUCCUCAACAACUUCAACAGCAGCAGUUGAAUUACUUAAGGGCACAGCAGCAACAGCAACAGCAGCAGCAGCAGCAACAGCUAAACUAUAACCCUGCUAAUAAUCCUGCCGCUUUCAAUGCUUAUCAAAGACCUCCCGUCCCAGCUCAACCCUCGCCACAACAACAGAUUUCUCCAAUGUUAGUAAAUAAUACUUCUCCCAUUGUGAAUCGUCAGGCCAUGUAUUCAAACUCCAUGAUGAGCCAAAUGCAAUCCCCACAACAACCACAACAAAUGAGACCUCAAUUUGUCGCUGGGUAUAGCCAACAACAGCAGCAGCAGGGACGGCCUUAUCCUACCCCGCAGCAACAACAACAGCUGUCCCCCCAAGCAUUACAAGCCUACCAACAGCAGUUGCAACGUCAACAGAUGCAACGACAAUUGAUGAUGCAGCAGCAGCAACAUCAACAUCAACAACACCAGCAUCAGCAAGGUGGCUAUGAUCAACGCUUCCACAAUUUACAACCUCAUCCUAAUCAGCAGCAGCAAUUAAUGAUGCAACAUCAAAUGCAGCAACAACAUCAAAUUCAGCUGCAGCAACAUUUGCACCAGCAACAACAAUUACAACAACGUCACUUGGCUGAACAGCAACAGAGACCCAAGAGACCUUCAAGAAACGCAGCAAAGAAGAAACGUGUUUACGAUGCUUCUUCAGACGAAGAAGAAGACUUUGAUCUUGAAUCUGAAGAGUCAGAUAAUGGCGCUGAUAGUGAAUUUGAUGAUAGUGAUGGCGGAGAAAAGUCAAAGAAGAAGGGACAGGCAGUGGCUGAACCCGAAGAGCCUGUCAUGAUUCCGAUGGGCACGGGUGUCUUUGAACGCAUCUUAAAUUAUCGAAAAAAUGCGGAGACCGGACAAGAAGAGCUUUUAAUCAAGUACAAAAACACAAGUUUCCUUCAUGUGGAAUGGGUGCCACUGAAGCAGAUUGAAUCUGAACAUUUAGGGAAGCACCGUGUCAAAAAGUUUUUACAAAAGUAUUAUGCAGAAGGCGAGAAGGGAGAAGAUUUCAAAGACUAUUUAAAGAUGGAUCGUGUCAUCGAUGAUGGUGAAUUAGAAGAUCCUCAUACCGGUGAAAGUAGAGUAUAUUAUCUUGUGAAAUGGAAUAAUUCAUUUUAUGAUGCUUCUACUUGGGAGACGGAAGAAGAUGUGAGAAAAUGUGAUAGCGUCCUAUUAGAUGAAUUUAUCUCUAGAAAGAUCAUUCCUCCAGAGAAGGCUGGUCCUUGUCCUCCUCGUCCUGAUGUCACCCAAUUUACUCAUUAUGCUGUAUCACCUCCAUACAAAUACAACAAUACAUUACGUCCAUAUCAGUUAGAAGGUCUCAACUGGUUGAGAUACUGCUACUAUACUUUUAGAUCCUGUAUUUUGGCUGAUGAAAUGGGUCUGGGUAAAACUGUUCAAUCCGUUGCUCUCUUAAACGACAUCUACAACAACCUUCAUAUUCGUGGUCCAUUUUUAAUCAUUGCUCCUUUAUCCACCAUUCCUCAUUGGACUCGUGCAUUUAAUGCUUGGACUGACUUGAAUGUGAUCGAUUUCCGUGGAAGUACCAUGGCUCGUAACUUGAUCGUUGAAACUGAGUUCCAUUACCAAGACAUUGAGGGCAAUAUCAUUCCCGGCAAAUAUAAAUUUGAUGUGCUGAUUACAACCUAUGAAAUGGCCUCUGCUGGUGCAAUGACAUUGAAGGAUAUUCCAUGGCGUUGUGGUGUUUUUGACGAAGCGCAUCGUUUAAAAAACAAGAAUUCCAAGGUCUUGGAAAUCUUGAGAACUUUUUACAUGGAUCACAAGUUGUUAUUGACGGGUACUCCCUUGCAAAAUAAUUUAGGUGAACUAUAUAGUUUGCUUCAAUUCAUGCAACCUGACAUAUACAAUGACGAAGCUUACUUCUUUUCUGAAUAUGGAUCAUUGAAGACAGCUCAUGAAGUCGAGAAAUUACAAGCCUUAUUACAACCCAUCAUGUUGAGACGUUUCAAGGAAGAUGUUGAAAAGACAAUUCCUGUCAAGGAGGAAACUGUUAUUGAAGUUGAAUUGACCAACCCUCAAAAGAAAUGGUACAGGGCUAUUCUUGAAAAGAAUUUCAGUUUCUUGAAAAAGGGAUCUAAAACCAACAAGGAAAUGCCUCACCUUCGUAACAUUAUGAUGCAACUUCGUAAAUGUUGUAUCCAUCCCUAUCUUUUGGAAGGUGCUGAAGAUGUGAUUGUUUCCGAAUGUAACGCUACUGGUCAACAAGAACAAUUUAACUGUCUAGUCCAAUCUUCUGGUAAAUUGGUCUUGAUCGAUAAACUUUUGAGAAAAUUGAUUCAAGGUAACCACAAGGUUUUAAUCUUUUCUCAAUUCACAAGUUGUUUGGAUAUCCUGGCAGAUUACCUUCGUGGUCGUAGUUAUGCGUAUGAGCGUAUUGACGGUAGUGUUCCUGGUGAUCAACGUCAAGCUGCUAUUGAUCGAUUCUCGACUUUACCUAUUGAAGAAUCCUUUGUUUUUUUACUCUGUACCCGUGCUGGUGGUGUAGGUAUUAACUUGACUGCUGCAGAUACCUGUAUUAUCUUUGAUAGUGAUUGGAACCCUCAAAAUGAUUUACAAGCACAAGCCCGUUGUCAUCGUAUUGGUCAAACAAAACCCGUUCAAAUAUACCGUCUGAUUUGUGCUAAUACUUACGAGAAGGACAUGUUCGAUCGUGCUGGUAUGAAAUUAGGUCUUGAUAAAGCCGUUAUGGGCACGCACGAUGAUGGUAACGCAAACAAGACCACUGAAUUGGGUCGAAAAGAAAUUGAGGAUCUUUUAAAGAAGGGUGCUUAUGGCGCCAUGUUGGAUGAUGAAGCAAGUGCAAAAUUCUGUGAAGAAGAUAUCGACCAGAUCCUUGAACGUCGUACAACUGUCAUUAAACAUGAAGGCAACGAAAAGGGCUCUGUUUUCUCCAAGGCUACUUUCUCUGCUGCUGUAGAUGACGAUAACAUUGGUGUUGAUUUAGAUGAUCCUGAUUUCUGGGAAAAGUGGGCUGCUAAAGCACAUAUUGAUACUACCGAAUUACCCGAUGAAAAUACAUUGAUUGUAUCUUUGCCUCGUAAACGUCGCCAAGUACAACGUUUUGGUACUCGUCCUGCUGACGGAUCUUAUUCUUCUAAUGACAAUGCAGACGAUUCGGAUGCUGCCUACGAAGAAGAGGCCGAGCCAAAGGCUUCUUUGCGUCGCGGUGGUGGACGUAGCGAUCAAAUCAGACCCUGGACCUUAUCCGAAAAGACGAAAUAUGAACGCAAGUUGAUGAUUUAUGGUUAUGGAAGUUGGGACCUGAUGGUGGCACAUUUCCCUCGUCGUACCGAAAAGGAUCUGAAGGCUGUCACACGUGCUUUGAUGCGUAAAGUCUUACCUACACUUGAAAAUGUGAAGAAAACGACAGAAGAAGAUCGUAAAUUGGUUCAAGAUAUUAAGAAUAUUCUCAUAAAUGACGCACGUGAUGAGGUCAAGAAAAACGAAACCGUACCUUAUAUCGGUGCUACGAAGAAACAAAUUGCUGAAUUUAGAUCCUUCUUAAUUCAGGCUCCUGAAGAUUAUAUCGAUCAUAUUGAGCGUAAGGGUCGAAACUUCUUGCUUCGUAUUCAAAUGCUUCAUUUGAUCCGUGAUAAAAUCGUGCCGACCGAUUGGGAAGAGGCAAAGGCAUUGGAAAUGCCAAAGGUAACUGGUUCCCCUCCUGCUCCUUGGUGGGGUGAGAAUGAAGAUCGCUGUCUUUUGUUGGGUAUUUGUAAACAUGGUUAUCAACAAUACUUGGCUAUGCGUAAUGAUCCCGAAUUCACCUUCUAUGGUCGUAAGUAUGAUGAUAGUCAGUCCGGUGUCUUAGAGGAUGAUGAUGCCGCUCCUUCCACCGACAAGAAUGAUGACGCGGAUAACAGUAGUCGACAAACUUCUUUAGAACCUACUCCACUUACUCCCAAAAAGAAUAUUCUUAAGCGUGACGAAGAUAGUGAUUACGAGGAUAAACACGAUAAGGAUUAUUCCGAUGACGAGGAAUAUGAUGGUAAGCAAAAGGUGUAUGUCUGGCCUUCUAAGGCAGACAUUGGUAUGCGUCUUCGUCGUAUCAUUGCCGCCUUCUUGAGAGAAAGAGCCAAUAGUACUCGCAAGAGAAAGUUACAAGAAAAGGUUGAAAAGAAGGAAAACGACCGUCAAUCCCGUCAACGCCAAAAGGAAUCCCGCGCUGCACAAAGACAACGCUCAAAACAAAACGAAGUCUCUAAUCGCUGGACUAAGAAAAACAAGAGUGAUUUCUUAAAGACCUUAAUGUCAUUUGGUGUAGAACGUGAUGAAGAUGAUUUCAAUUGGUCCCGUUUCAAGGAAAUUGCUGGUCUCGAAAAGAAGACGGAUGAUUCUUUAACUCUUCAUUAUCGGGAUACUCAUGCUGCUUGUGAAGAAGCCGUGAAGCGUUAUUUAAGUGAAGGUGGCCAAAUCGCUCCUGCUGCCGGUGCAGAUAUGGAAACACCUGUCUCUUCUCCAAAGGAUCACAUGGAUGCUGCCAGUCGCACGUCGUGCAUUGAAGCGUAUUGAACAAAUGAAUACCAUUCGUGAAAAGGUGAUUAUACAUCCUGACCUCGAUACCCUUUUGCUUAAAGCUAGAAAGACUUCUGGUUUACCGACUUGGUGGGAAGUUCCUAAGCAUGAUAAAGCAUUGUUGGAAGCCAUUUGUAAACACGGAAUCGGUCGCACUGAUUUAAUUGUAGAAGACCCCGAAUUAC